AUCUGUGAAUCGGUUACUGUAUUCAAGCAACAUUCAUCAGUGCAUCACUGUGCAUUACUUCAGUCCUCAAAGCACAGAAAUAUGCAGGAAUAUGCGAAGUCAGAGAAGCUAUAUGCUUCACUAUCCCAACUUCGGCAGCAGUUCCUCUCAUCGACCCGCGCGCACCGCUCGCAAUCUCAGUAACUCGGCGAAAACAUUGUCCCACAAGGCCAUGGUCAGCGUGAAACAAAUGACUCUGUCAAUUUCGUGUCGCGACCUUUGUUUAUCUCAUCGUCGCUCUCUGUACAUUCGCAAUGGACACUACUCACGCGAUUACCAACUUGGUUGGAGAUGUACUGUAUAUAUAGUCAGUCGGUCUCAUAGAAACCCAUUUUGUCCCAUAUACAAUGACAAUGAUGCGAUCCGAUACUCCUCGAUGUUCAUAUAAUCGUAUCUUUUUGGACAGUCUCGUGUUUUGCCGCUUUAUGUCCAAAUUUAACGGUGAUGAUCACCGUGUACAGAGUUGGAUUUGAC